AUGUCUUCGCCCGUCGUCGAAAACACGAGUGUGUACAUGAACGACGAAGGAAGUGACUUACCUCAACGCGCCGCCAGCUACACCGACCUCCCUAGCCAGACGAACACGGACGGCUCCAGCUCACCGAGCUUACGAAGAACCUUCUCCGAUUAUGCCGUCCCUACCCAGGCCGAAUCGCCGACGAAGCCUACAAAAGAAAGCGUAGCUGCUGGGAAAGAUAUUCUGCGUCGCACUUCUCUCCGAUCUAAAAAUAGACUCUCAGCCGGCGUCUCUCAUUUUACACUGUCAUCAUCCGAGGACUUGCAGGAAUUGAAGAAUACGGAACCACAAAAUGCCCCAAAGCUACCAGAACACAGGGCGCCGGAGCCCGCUGCUCGACCGUCCAAAGGUCGUUCAAUGUCAGGUCGGAUAGUCAGCUUGGCGCGAAAGCCCUUCAGAUCCUCGUCGAGAUCACCUUCCCCUUCCACGGCAAAGCGAGUGAAACAGAGAGUAGAGGAAUCCCCCACGCGAUCCGGAUGGCGCAAGAACGAGUCGGACUCUGAUUCAGGACAGCCAUCACGCAGGCGCACAAUUCUAUAUAAACGGCCCCGUCGUCCCAUGCUCGCAGUGGUAGCCAAAGGGCAUGGGGAUUCCCUCGGUUCACCAAUUAGCCCUUCUGGGAACUCUGCACUACGACACCAAACCUCAUUCGAAAAGUUUACUGCGUCUCUCUCUGUGUCGACACCGGUUCUUCCUCCGAUGCCCAAGGGGGCUGCAGCUACAGCGGCAUCAUUUCAGAAUAGCGCGCCUGAGCAAUCCCGGAAAAAGGAUGAGCUCUGGGGUAUUUUCCGCGGGCUUGAAGCGGAUUUUCAAAAGUUCCAAUCCAAGUCAACCUCACUCAAGGCAAACGUUAUUCGGACCGCCCUUCUUCCCUUUCUCAGCCGUCACCAUCUGCACACCUCCUGUAAAAACCUUCGUCCCGAAGACUUGGAUCGCCGGGUGAAUAUUCUCAACAAAUGGUGGAUCGGAAUGUUGGAAAUGCUCAAUGGGAAGCAUAACCAGUCGAUAUCUGGAACAGACAGGCCGGUGUUUUUAGAGGCCGUCGUGGGCAUUAUGACCCGACCAGAAUGGCGUAUGCCAUAUCCAACGGCACAGCAAACCAGCGGCGUCACGACUGACUCCAUGCAUUAUGCGUCCACUUCUGUUUCAGAAACCUCCGAAGGUUCAGGCUCAUCAGGCUCCGAUUUCCUGGUUGAGUCGAUUCAUCAUAAUAUCCGGAAUAUUUUCGUCCAGAACCUUUUGUCACAGAUGUCGUUUGUUGUGGAACGGAUGUCCAUGAGACAUGCACCUGCCAGUUUGGUGGCUUUCUGUGGGAAGGCUUGUGCGUAUGCGUUCUUUUUCUGUCCUGGGGUAUCAGAUAUCCUGGUUCGUUUGUGGAAAACUGCUCCAGCCAUGUUUCGCCGCGUAUUCUCCGAAUCGACCGACUCUCGAGCUGCAGCCACACGCGCAUACACACAAGAGCUCGCUUUGAAUUUCCCGGCUUCCCUCCGUCCCUUGGCGUUUCACUCCCAUGCGCCCUUGUUGCGCUAUUUGCGAACGAAACCCGAACCCCCCCUUAACACGGCCAAUAUUCCUUGGAAUGGACCAUGGACGGCACGAUGGUCUGGCCGCGAUACUGAUCUAUUUUUCGUUUUCGUCAAGUACAUCCAUAUUCUCUAUGCAGAGUACUUACCCCCAGAGACACAGAAAGCAAAGCGAAUUUUGGCGCCUGGCUUGCUUCUCAUCCAUGCGCAGCUUCUUGUCGCAUUCGAGGAUACCAUUUACAAGCAGUCAAUACAACCGUCAGCCGAAAAUCCAGCUACAGCUGCCGCCAUUACGUUUGAUGAUUAUCUUGAAUCACCAGACGCUUCUGCGGCUCCCCAUCAAAUCGGAGGUGCACGAAAUAGCCACCGUUCGAUGGCAGAGAAUCGAUUGAUCAUUCUUUUGCGCGACUUUCUUUCCGAAUCCUCUGCAGAGCCGAAUCGUGCACGUCUGCUGUACGCCGAGACUUUCUGUGGCCUUUUGAAGAUUGUUGCCCAAAAGAUAUCCCUUUAUGACCACAAUGCUUGUUUCCUUCUGUGUGACUUUACCGAGGAGGCGAUUCCAAUCAUCACACGAUAUGCGCAGUCAAUCGAGACGGAGCUCUUUGAUUGGACGUUUUGGCUAGAAGUGUGUCGCCGCAUGAAUCAGAGCCAUAAUUCGCUGACUGAAGUCCGUGUGUUUUCGUUCAUCUACGCUGUAUGGGGGACCUGGACUACCACCGAUGAGAGAAAGGCCGGUCUCUGCCUCGACUACCUUCUUCAUGAACCUGUCUUUUUCCAUUAUUUCAACCAUUGGAGUCCUAUGGUUCGUGCCUAUUUCCACCGUCUGCUUUGCUGGAGGGUGGGUCGGUUCAGCGGAGAUCCAUCGGCGCUUGACUCAAAUAUCUAUGAAACCCUUUCUGACCGUUUGUUACGAGUUUGGGAGUUUUAUGUUGGGUUUCAAUCAAAGGCUGAAGAGACACUCACGGCGCCAUUAUCAUCUGCCCCCUGCACACCUGCUCCAGGACGAAGAAUCAUCAUUAUUCGAUGUGACAAUCAAAUCUCCCCGGUGAAUCUGUUUGUGUCUUUUGAUCGUGUCGUUCCACCUAUGUCCUCUGAUCAUAUCAUGACACAUCGGAGAUCCGGUUCCUCGGAUUCAACGGGCUCAGAUGGCCAGCCUUCUAAGCGUCGAUGGGGUAUUCUUCGGUCCAUGUUUGGCAGCUCAACAAGUAGCAAGGGCACAGAUGGUCCUGGCAGCGGCAGCAGCAGCUCUGACGAUUCCGAUGUCACCGGCAUUGACUUGACCGUGACAUCUGAGAGUAGAUGUCUGGAUGAUCAUGAGUUGACCCCAAACAACAGCUCGGAUAAUGUUGUUCGUCCCAAAACACCCCAUCAGCCAUUCUUCUUCAAAUUCUCCCUGGAAUGGAUGGACCGGCCACAAUGGCCCACAAAGAACAAGCGCCUUUUCGCCCCCUGCCUCCCCGUGGCAUCUCAGAUACAUGUACAACACCGGCGUUCUCCCGAUAAGCCUUCCGAGUUUGAUGCCGAUGAUGAUGACACCGGCUCAGAAGCCGUCACGGACCCCGAGAUCAUUCCCGAUGCAGAUCUAUCUGAUCCUGCAUUAGACACCCAGUCACUCCCGACAGAACCCGUUUCAGAAACCCAAAACAGAAAUCACACUACUAAGGACUCCCCAUUACCAGAGCUUCCUUGUCAACCAGCUUAUGGUCAUCUGGUGCCUAGCAAAUAUGCUGGUCGUGCUCUCGCAGAGUGGGCUCACAUUGUCUCUGAAUGCGACAGCUUCUUUGCGCGACGACGCGAUGAAGGUGUCCCGACCGACCGCGCUGUGGAGAACCCUACCCUGGGAGUCGAAAGUUUCCGCAAGUAA